GUUUACACUUAUUAGGUUUUAUAUCACAGAAAUUUUUAAAACGUUAUUAUUACAUACGUCCAGCACAUUUUAUUUAUCCUGAUGAAAAAUCAAUUCAUGGAAGUCGUUUAUGGUUUACUGCUUUGUUGAAUCGUUGUUUACAUCGAAAAUUAUUAGCUAUAGCUAUAUAUGUUCAACGUAAAGGUCAAUUUCCUCGUUUAGUUGCACUAUUACCUCAG